CGUUCGAUUAUUGUCAACUCAACCGUACGUCGGAACAGUCGUGUGGAUUCUGCGCGCGUGUGUAAUUUCCUUUACAUUUCUCACUAAUCGGAACAGUAAUACAAACCUUUUGUACAACACCCGUUUUGGCAUUGCGCUAGAGUAGCGAUAAAAGUGUUUUAGUCGCGCAUACUAGAACACGCACACGUACGCCGACAACGACUAGGCUCGUUUUACGCGUGAAGCUUAAGCUUUGUUCUAAGCUUGGUGAUUCGUGGUACUUAAGCGUGGUUUUUUUCGCUCGGUAAAUUCGCGUCCGCGAGGUCGUCCAUAUUCGCGAAAAAGUGCACAUUUUGGUGCCCGCAGCACGCCCGCACAGACUCAAUUAGUGCUCGUUUGAGGGAAAUUCCGAAACAGAUUGGAGCCCGCAGCAGAAGGCGACGGCGCGACAGCGAAUGACCGUGUGAAGAGGAGGGGCCAAGGAGCAGCUUACCGACCGACACAGUGUGUGAAUAGAGAGUGUGGUGUGUAGUGCGCACGAGCGACUUAGGGCGGCGCAGAGUAGUGUGAGAAGCGCGAGGGCGCAAGUGUUGGUGACGAAUAAAAGUUUAUUUUUUUAAAUCACGAUUUUUUUGGAGUCGUCACCGAAAAAAAGAAAUUGGUUUUGGGGGAGAGAAAAAAAAACACGCGAGUGAAAGGAAGAAAGAGAAAUUUUGGCAAAACAAGUUGGAAUUCCGAUGGAGAUGCAACACUGAGUUCGAUCUAGUUGUUGAGUGCAUUUGAUACAGAAGAGAAGCUCGAAGAAGCGAUUGAUUCGCGUAGAACGGAAGAAAUUGUACAAGCGGUUGAGCGAACACACAUCUACAGGCCACAAGAUGAGCACGUACAGCAAUUCGGACAACUCCCAGUCGACGCAGAGCAUUGCGGACUAUCUGGCACAGUUACUUAAGGAUCGGAAACAGCUGGCGGCCUUCCCGAACGUAUUCAACCAUGUGGAGCGCCUGCUGGACGAGGAGAUCUCCAAGGUACGAGCCUCGCUCUUCCAGAUCAACGGCGUCACGAAGGAACCGCUGACGCUGCCGGACGCCGAUGGCGAGCUGAUCACACUCAACGAGAAGGUUUACGUGCCAGUCAAAGAACAUCCGGACUUUAACUUCGUGGGUCGAAUUCUCGGACCUCGCGGAAUGACUGCGAAACAGCUUGAGCAGGAAACCGGCUGCAAGAUCAUGGUCCGGGGGAAGGGCUCGAUGCGGGACAAGAAGAAGGAGGAAGCCAACCGGGGUAAACCCAACUGGGAGCACCUGUCCGACGAUCUGCACGUGCUGAUCACCGUCGAGGACACGGAGAACCGAGCGUCCGUCAAGAUCAAGCGAGCCCUCGAGGAGGUCCGGAAACUGCUUGUGCCACACGCCGAAGGCGAAGACGAACUCAAGAAGCGACAGCUCAUGGAACUGGCCAUCAUCAACGGCACGUACCGGGACUCCAGUACGAAGGCCAUGGCCGCCGAACUGAACUUCGAAACGACGUUCGACGGCUGGAAGCAGCUCGCGAACGAGCACCGUCUUAUGAACCCCGCGGCCAUCAACACGCUCGCCCAGAACCAGCUGGCCGCUGCGGCACGAAAUGCCGCCAACCCGCUCGGCGCUCCGCUCAUCCUGUCGCCACGAAUCUCAGUGCCAACGACCGGCGCUAGCCUCAUCCCCGGCUCGGCGCCACCCACCAUGGACCACACCACCGGCCUCUUCUACACGACCGCGCCCUACGCUGACUACGCCAGCUACGCCGCGUUGGCCGCCGCCGGAAACCCGCUGCUCCAGGAGUACGCCGAUCACAGUGUAGGUGCAAUCAAAACUCAAAGAAGGCAAUUCGCGCCUCGAGAUCAUCCUUACUAAAACCGGGCUAGGGGGCAAUAAUCAGCAAUUCAACACACGCAUAAAACACACAUAAUUUAUAUAUAUACUUCUAUUAUAUAUACAUAACUCUAUUUUUAAUAACUUUUUUGUUUUUAAUCAUUGUUAAUUCUGAAAUAGUUAUAAACAAAACUGCACUCACAUCUAAUAAUAAUAAUUCAAACAACCAAGAUCUUACACAUCUGAUAAUAACUCUAUAGCAGCGUUUAGAACUCUAUUAAAACCUAUUGUCAAUAACGAUCUAAAAACUAAGCAGAUUAAGGAGGUAAGAAAAAAAAAACCCGCACAAACAAAACACUAAGUCUCUUUACUUAAACCCCAAAACAAAACAACAACACAAAAAAUAUCAUGCUCUUCCACCACAAUCUCUACAAACGACCGUGCAGGCGCGCUCUCGGUUAUCAGCCGAAUGUUUUCCCGAAUGACUAACGCCCCGUAGUAGAGUAACGCACAGACAGGCAGACUUGAAACUUUUAUUUAUUGUUUUGUCAACAGUAACGGUCACUUUGAAUUCAAACAUUCUAAGAAUCACGUCUGCUUGUCUGUGCUUAAACCUAAACCCGCAUCAACACUACUUUUUACUCUCAUCUCCCUGCCCCUGAUCCAGAUUUUUAUUUUCAUUUAGUGAAUUGUGAAUCCUCCGUGCUUGAAAUGAUAUUUAAAAGCAACAACACACACAAACAAGUAUCCCACCUUUCACGUUUACUCACAAACCAUUUUUUUUUUAAACAUUUGCACUUCUAUUGCGAUGAAGUUUUGCGGUGCUCAAAAUAUCACUUUUAUGUUUUUUAUUGAGUUUUUUUGUUGAAAUGUUCUCCAAAAGUUUUCAAGGUGUUUAUAAAAAAAAUAAAACAAGGAUCAUUUAAAAUAUAGCAAUUUAAAGAUGAUGAGAGAAAUUCAAAUGAGAAAGAGAGAGAGGUAAAAAACUCUCUCCGACAUAAUCGUUUUUUUGUUAUUUUUUCUUCUGUUAGAAAUCCUCUCAUAAAAAAUUAUGCAGUAUUGUGUAAAAACCUAAUUCUGCGUAAAUAUUAGAAACCCGUUUUUUUCUACAAGUAAUCUAAUUUUUUUCUAUUUUUUCAAUUUUGAAAUGAAAAACUUGAGUGCAAUAUGUUUCUGAAAAUGACAAAAGCAGUGAUAUUUUGAGCAACGUGAAAAAUCAUCCAUCUAGCAAAAUAAUCAAACAAGAGUUGAACAAAACAAACUCAAAAACAUAAUCUUAGUAUGCCUUGCGUAUGAACGAGAAAGAGAGAAAGAAAGAUGCAUAUUCGAUAGAUCGUUUUUCGUAUUAACUUGGUGCCAUGGUAGUCUCGAAAUAUUUACCCCCCACAAACAAAACAAACAAACAAAAAAUGCAUUGUUGGUUUCGCGCGUGUCAGUUUCAGUGACAAUAGGAAUUCAGCGAGAGAGAGUGAUUGUCACUUUCUCCAAUCAAAAAAGCAAAGUAUUCUUUAAUUUUACCGCAACACAAAUUUAACGCAAAUAUGUUAAACAAAACAAACAAUCCGGACUCACUUACGCGCACUUGUAAAUUAAAUAAACGCAAGUGUCGCAUUUCGCUAGGAGCUGUUGCGUGUGCUAAUAUUGUUUAUUGUUUAGAGAAAAAUAUAUUAGAUUUGGGCUCGGCUCGGCGCCGAGCGCAAGUAAGCCGUGAGAUUUUUUACGAUUUAUUUUACUUAAAAAGCAAAAUCUUUAUUACACAAAAAAUCAAUGCAGAAUCCUCGAUUCUCACGCAUUAACUUAAAAUGCAAACACGCACACACACAAACACACUGACUCACACACUCGUACACAAACAGGAAGUGUGUGGGACAAGAAUAACACGUAAUCUCAGAAAUUAUUAAUUAUUAGAUGUGUUUUUAACUGUUAGGAGUUAACUUAUACAUUGUAUAGUGCGCUAAGUGGACAGGCAGGCGGAGCAGAAACAAAAUAAUUUUAUUUUUUCCGCACUAGCAAGAUGGAAACAAGUCUAUAUUUUAUAUAUUAACGUAUUAACAAGCAAGAAAACAAACAAAAAACAAUUGCAAAUGGAAUUGCAAAUAAAACAAUAACGUAACUAGCAAAUCAACAAAAAAAGGAAUGAAGAGGAAUGCAGAGGCGGAUGGAAUCAAAAAAGCAAACAACAAAUGCAAGAACCCAAUAAUAACUAAUCUGAAAACAAAACUAGCAAAAAACAAUCUCUUUUUAUUCUUCUGAUCAUAUUGUUAUUAAUAACGCUAUCACAAUCUCUUGAUUAAUAUGCCUUACUAUGUAAUACUUUCGAAUGCAGAAUGCGCUGAACAUCAUUCAUUUGUGUGUGUGACUGGGCAAUCCAAAAAACGGAUAACGCAAAACAAAACAAAAAAGAAAAUAACUGUGGUGAAAGUUUGCGCAACCUUGUCUCUUCUGUCCAACUCUGUACUAAAAACCCGUUCACGAUUGUCGUCUGCCUAUAGCGAGUAAGAGACACACACACACACAGUUGCUGAUUGGAAUAACAAGUCUAAUGCGCGUGCCUCUUUGUUAAUCAACACUAAGCAAGAAAAGGGAUCAAACAUCUUACAAAAAUAACCCACGCGUAUUAAUGCAAGCGCGCUGCACUCACUCACCUUUGUGAAACGGGGAAGGAAAAGGAUGCCCGAAUGUGUUGCAACCGGAAACCAGUAAGGAAAAAUUAACCCAUCAUUAACAUUGUAAUCAUUUUCUAUUAAUUUGGAUUAAUAUUAGUGUCUCUUCUUGAUAAGUAAUGAUGAUUAAUAGUAACACGUACAAGCAGACCGCCGACUAAAUAAUUUCUAAUUUGUCUAACCACAAAAAAACGGCCGAAUAAUAAGCAAAUAAAACCACAAGUCCGCAAAAGAAACUCAACAUGUUAUUAAUUAUUAAUCUACUAUCUCUUAUCAUUAUUAACGAUUUUCUUAGAUUAAUGAUUCAAGUGCACUUCUAGCAAUAAUAAAAAUAAAAUUAUUACUAAAUAACAA